AUCGUCGUUCAGAGAUACAAUUUAAAAGCAUCCCCGAUAAAAUAUCAAUUAAUCCACGUGAAAAAUUAAUGAACCACGCGGUUGCAUAGGGCACUUGGGUGUGAAUAAUGUUUCACAGCUGCCACCUGCACCGAGACGUGAGAUAGAAUAUGAAGAAGCGAGACGGGCGAUCUUUUUUUCAAAACUAAUUAAAUUUGUAUAGAUAUUGACUUAAGGACUACGUGGCUCUUAUCGAUAAACCGAACAAUGUUUCCUGGCUGGCAGGUGUGCAUUUCAAGUGUUUUUCGAAAUUCUCGGUGAUAAUUGUUUUCGAUCGCUCGAUUAGAUAGCACCGGCAAUAAAUACCAAUCCGAAAUCCAGUUUGGGCAUCAGUUGCUUUCAGCAUUGAAACGAGAAGCAAUACAUCAAGAAAAUGGCAGCAAUCCACACCUACGCUUUCGUCUUGGCCGCUCUGUGCGUCGCCAGUUCGAUGCAAACUGAGUUCCAACCCUGCGCUGGCAAACCGGCACCAUCAGCAGUCAAGCUCGUUGGAUGCGAGAAACUGCCCUGCAAUCUCGUAAGAGGAACCAACGCCGAGGCGUUCGUCGACUUCAGCGUCCUCGCUAACAGCAAUACCCUGAAACCGGAAGUCCACGUCACGCUCGGAGCCAUCACGACACCGUACCCGCUGCCACAACAGGACGCCUGCAAGGACCUCACGAAAGGAUCAUGCCCCUUGCAAAAGGGACAAUCGGCCACCUAUCACAUGAAAAUGCCCGUCGAGAAGGCCUACCCGAAAGUGGAUCUGACCAUCCAACUGGCUCUGGUCGAUCAAAAUAAGAACGUGCAAGCGUGCUUCAAGAUCCCGGCUAAGGUUGUCGACUAAACUGUUUAACGGAUUGGAAUCAUGCUCUUGACGAAUUGACCAUGCAUUUUGUUAUAUUCUUGAUCGGGAUAUAAAUAUAAUUUAG